CGAAUAUGAGUCCAAUAUUGAUAGUGAUCGCGUUGUCGGUAUACGCGACACACGGAGCGAAAAUUUUGGGAAUAAUCACGAUAGCAUCGGUCAGUCACCAUCUACCGUUCCAGCCGCUGUGGCAGGAACUCUCCAACAGAGGUCACGAUGUCACCGUCAUCACCACCGAUCCCCUAAGGAACCUCUCCAAUUACAACUUGAAGGAAAUCGACAUCAGCUACACAUACAAGAUCUACGAAAAGCACGAAAUUUCCAACGUUAUAAGCGACGAGUCCAAUACCUACGCCAAAAUCGCCUCGGUGAUACAGAAGGUGUUCUUCGAAGCCAACGAUUACCUAAUGAACCUGCCGGAGGUGCAGGAUUUGUUGCACAACGAAAAGAACCACUUCGAUGUCGUGUUGGUGGAGGCGCACAUGCCGUCUAUGUUGGCCUUCGGCUGGAAGUUCAAAUGCCCCGUUAUCGGAAUCGCCUCGUUGGAUCCGGCGAUGCAGUACCACGACUCGCUCGGCAACCUGGUGCACCCGGUCAUCAACCCGGAUCCCAACCUGGACAUCGCCGACAGCGAGAACUUGUCCUUCAUGGACAGGGUGAGGAGCUUCAUCUACACCGUGGCCUACAAGUACGUCAUCAAUUACAUGACGUUUCCCACGCAUCACGAGCACAUGAAGAAGUACUUCGGCGACGACCUGCCGCCCUUUGACGUUCUCCAGGAUAACAUUAGUUUGAUGUUGACCGGUACUAAUCCGCUUUUUCACAAUAUGAGACCUAUCAAUUUGAAUACCAUCCCUAUAGGCGGCGGUAUGCACUUAAAACCGCCCCGGGAUUUACCUCAGGAUAUACAAUCCUUUUUGGAUGACAGUCUUAACGAAGUGAUCUACUUCAGUUUAGGAAGCAACGUAAAGUGCAAUGUGUUGACAGAAAAUUUCAAGAGGGUUGUAAUGGAAGCUUUUACAGAACUACCUUACAAGGUGAUUUUAAAAACGGACUGCAACAUGACCAGUGUUCCUAGUAACGUGUUUAUCAAGAAAUGGAUGCCGCAACAAGACGUUUUAAGACACCCGAACAUAAAAUUAUUCAUUUCGCAAGGAGGACUGCAAUCCCUGCAGGAAUCCAUCUCGAAUAGCAUACCCUUGAUCGGCAUCCCCUUCUUCGGCGAUCAAAUUACCAACGUGAACAGAAUGGUAAAGCGCGGAUACGGUAUUAAAUUGGAUAAAAGAACAAUCAAUAAGGACAUACUGAUUAAAGCUAUCAAAGAAGUCAUGAACAAUCCUAAAUACAGGCAGACUGCCAAACUCAUGGGCGAUAUAUUCAAAGACGAGGAAAUUCCCAGUCUGAGAAGAGCGGUGUUUUGGACGGAGUACAUCAUCAGGCACAAGGGAGCAAAGCACCUGAGGAGUUCUGUUAUAGGAAUGCCCGCAUGGAAGUACUAUAUGUUUGAUGUUUUGGGUUUCUUCUUGGCGUGUGGCAUAUGUAUUGUGAUGCUGUUGUAUUUGUUGACGAAGUUGUUUCUAUCAGUAUUAAGACACGCUUUCGAUCUAGCAUUGAUCACCGUGAAACAAUCUAAACUUAAGUGCGAUUAAGGAGUUACGUUAGAAAAUUGUUAAAGUCUGUCGAAUACGUACUUUCUCUUUAAGAAUGUAUCAAAUUUUGUACUUUUUUAAGACACGUUGGUUGGAAAGUGUACUAAUGAUUAUUUAUAAAUCUAUUUAUUUUGAUAAAAAUGCAUAUAUGUUAGGAGUAUAAAAUAAGUAAACGUUUUAGAAUAGUUAACGUAGAAUUGUUACUCUAUUAGUAGUGAUUAUGAAAAUGUUUACAGACAUAGUUUAAUAUAUUUUUAAGGUAGCAAUUUAUUUCAGCAAUGAAAUAAGAACAACCGAGGAAUCAUAGACUCUUUACAUAAGAAUCUUUAUCUUUAAUAUUGCUCAUGUUCGAUAAUAAUAAAAUUUUGAAAACAAAAAUAUUGUCAGUUAUAUGGAAUAAUAAUGUAGAUACUAUUUAUUUAAGGAAAAUGUAUGUAGUGUUUUGUUAUUGGAUCGAAUCAAUUUUCAACAGACAAAACAGUUCGGAGAAUUUAGAAAGCAAUAAUUUUAUUAUGAAGUACUUAUUAAAUGUGUAUUUGUGUAGGUAACUAUUUA